UAUAUAUUACCAUUAUUAUUUUUAAUCGGAACUGUUGGAAAUAUUCUAUCAUUUCUAGUAUUUUAUAAACGUAAAAGUCUCUAUCCCUCAUCGCAUAUCUAUCUAAUAUUUUUAGCUAUUAUGGAUGAAGGAGUACUGUGUACUGGCCUGCUAACUCGAUGGUUAGAUCGACUACUCUCCUAUCGGCUAGAAGAUGAACAUUGGCUGUUGUGUAAAUCCAUGCAAUUUAUUGGUGUCACUACAAGUUUUAUUUCUGUUUGGAUUAUUGUAUUAAUUACUGUGGAACGGGCUCUAGUCGUGAUGUCACCGAUCAGUUCAAUUCAUAAUAAACGUGUCAAGUGUUCGUGUACCUCAAUAAUGAUAUUAUGCAUUCUAGCAUCAACUGUAAGUGGACACUUUUUUCUAACCGUUGAUCUUGUCACAAGAGACGGGAAUGAAGAUGAAGAGGAUGGAAGUGGCGGCAGCGGCAGUGGUUUCGGCAGCGCAGAACAAAAUACUCCAGUGUAUUCGUCGUCGUCUAGAUUGACAGACAGUGGUUAUUUCCUGGGUCAGAUUGUUGGUAAUUCAACGUUACCAUACUAUCAACAACAACAACAAACAUAUGAUAAUAUGACUAUUUCAGAUUCACGAGUGUGUGAUUUUCACCUUGUCUACAAAGAGAAUGGCUUUCGAAGUAUUUGGACAUGGAUUGAUGCCGCGUUGUAUAGUUAUCUGCCCUUUAUCAUUAUUGUUAUCUCAAAUAUCCUUAUUCUGAUUAAUAUUCGUUGGGCGACGAAACGUCGAGCUAGUAUGAUCUAUCGAGUACCGAAUACAAAAUAUUAUCAUCACUGCAUAAAACAUAGUAAUAAUAAUAAUCAUAAUAAUCAUAGUGUUCAUAAUCAUUGGAACAAAAAAUUUGGUAAUUUUUCUAUGAAACUGAAUCGAUGUACAGAUGCACAGAUACAUCAACCACAAACGUUGUAUUGUGGUUCCCAAUCCUACGCCAGUGAUCGGUAUACUCCACCACCACAGAUAGCCGGUUCAUCAUCCCAUGCCUCUAGUGUUAUCUCCUUGAAUAAUAUGAAUCAUGGUAGUCAUAAAAGUAAGAGUAAUAUGAGUUUAUACAGCGCUAAUCUAUGCAAAUGUAAACAUCCCUGCGUGAGUAUGCAGCUACAACCGUAUGCUGGUGUUAAAGGCGUUGAAUAUAAAACAAAUAGCAUUGUUAGACGUCCACAUACAAUCUUCUCUAGUGAGAUGCGUCAAUUAACUCUACUGCUGAUGUUAAUCUCCGGUGUAUUCCUGCUAACGACGGCACCAGUUGUUCUAGUCAAAUUAUUAGUUGCAUGGAAUAUUGGACAAGAUCCCGAGGAUAUAGCACUGUUGGAAUUAUUUGAUUGUAUUGCUGAAGUAUUAAUGUAUACAAAUCAUGCUAUAAAUUUUUAUUUAUAUUGUGCUGUCGGGACAAGAUUUCGUAGAGAGCUGAAGAAAACACUACAAUGCGGUAAGAAAAGAAGAUAA